GGGAGUUGUAGGAUCCAGUGGUUUUUGGAACCAGCACCACAGGUGAUUUUCCUCCAGCCCUGAUCAGAGUCACCUGCUCCUCAUCAGAGACCCGGAGCGUGUCGGUGUCUGUGUCGGUGUGUCUGUGAGCCGCUCGGGCUAAGUGAGGUGCUAUCCGGGCGUCGGUGCGUCAGGAUGAGGGCAGCGUGGAUCAACCGGCCUGCUCUCUUACUGGCGGGGAUCGCACUGGUCUUCAACGUGGGCAUGUUUCUGAAAGAAGGGACCUACCCCGAGCUGGACGCGACCCGAGGGACCAAGAGCCUGUCUGAGCUGGACACCAGACUCAGCAACAUGUACAAAAUGCUGGAAGAUUUUGGACUGAAGCAGGACGCCAUGCUGAAAAUGCUGGAAAACGACAGAAACAGAUCCGGAAAAGCUGUGGAGGCCAAACAGCAGCCGCAAGGCCAGAAACAGCCUGAGCAGAAAGAGCAGCCUGAGCAGAAAGAGCAGCCUGAGACAAAGAUCCAAAAGGCCCCCGGAGCGGUAAAGUACAAAAAACUGUUUCCUGACUCUGCCCUGUUCAAGCAGUGGGGGGAGAAUCUGUCUGAGGACGAGCAGCGAGAGGCAGAGGAUCUGUUUCAGAAGUACGGAUACAAUGCUUUUCUCAGCGAUCGCCUUCCUCUGGACCGAGUUCUUCAAGACACCAGGGAUCCGAGGUGUGUGAAGAAGACUUAUUCCAAAGACCUGCCGAGUCUGGGAGUGGUGCUGAUCUACCUGAACGAAGCUCUGUCUGUGAUCAAACGAGCGCUGCGCAGCAUCAUCGACCGCACCCCCGAGAACAUACUGAAGGAGAUAAUACUGGUGGACGACAGCAGCUCUCAUGAGGACCUGAAGGGCGACCUUGACCAGCACGUGAAGUUACUGGAGAUGGAGAACCCAACUCUUCUCAUCACUCGAGUGAGGCACAGCGCGCAGCGAGGGCUCGCCUACGCCCGAGUGUCUGGGUGGGGAGCUGCCACUGCUGACGUGGUGGCCAUCCUGGACGCACACAUCGAGGUCCAUGAGAUGUGGGCCGAACCCCUGCUCACUCAAAUCAAAGCCGACCGUACAGUGGUGGUGUCGCCCGUGCUUGACAAAGUCAACUUCCAUGACCUCAAGGUCAUUCAGUACCAUCCAUCGGCGCACGCCUUCGACUGGGCUCUGUGGUGCAUGUACGAAAGAUUUAGGCCCGAGUAUUACAAGCUCAAUGACAGCUCACUGCCCGGGAAGAGUCCAUCCGUAAUGGGAAUCGUAGUCGCUGAUCGGACGUUUCUUGGGGAGAUCGGAGUCCUCGAUGACGGAAUGAAAGUGUACGGUGGGGAAAAUGUUGAGCUGGGAAUUCGUGUGUGGACGUGUGGAGGCAGUGUUGAAGUGGUGCCUUGCUCCAAGAUCGCCCACAUCGAGAGGAACCACAAGCCCUACAUGCUCGACCUGAGUCCAGCCAUGAAGAGAAACACACUGAGGGUAGCAGAAAUCUGGAUGGAUGAAUACAAACACAACGUCAACUUGGCCUGGAACUUGCCAUUUAAGAAUCACGGAUUUGACAUCGGGGACGUGUCUGAGAGGAAAAAACUCCGAGAGAGGUUGGACUGCAAACCUUUCAAAUGGUACCUGGAGAACGUGUAUCCCGAGUUGGAUCCCUGGGAUAACAUACUGGCCUAUGGAGGAAUGAAGAAUCUCGACGCCAACAUGUGCUUGGACCAAGGCCCAGUGCCGGGUCACAGACCCAUCGCCUUCCACUGCCACUACUAUGGACCCCAAUUCACGUAUUACCGCACGACUGGUGAGCUCUACAUCGGUGGCAUCAAGUCCCACAAGUACAAUGACAACCGGUGUUUAACCGAUGUCGGCGAAACAGAAACCGAGCCUGGACUUUACGACUGCAAGGAGGCCAUUCAGAAAGGAAUGGGGAUAUACUGGGACUUCAAUCAGGGCAAAGAGCUGAAGAACAGACAGACAAAAAGAUGCCUGGAGAUUAAAGAUGCCAAACUUCUAAUACAGGAAUGCUCUGGUCAAAGAUGGAAAGUCCAAAGCAUAAUCAAAGCCUUUUAAAGUGUGUGUGUGUGUGUGUGUGUGUGUGUGUGUGCGUGUGCGCGUGCAUGCGUGUCCAACAAGAGGUGACGGAAAUAAUAAUGUGUAAAAUAUAAAAAACAAAGUUUAAGAAAUGUGACUGUGAUUUAAAUUGUGUCUUAUCCCCAUUUUGUAAAUCUUAAGAGUUAUGAAUUGACUUUACCCUGUAGAUUUGUUUUACAUCUUGUGUGUCCACAGUACGGCUGCAAAUAAUUUUCACAAUUGACUUACCAAAGGUCAGAAUGAUGGUAUGAAUUGAAAAAUACUAAAGGAUUUCAAUUUACAGCAGAAGAUAAGUGAGCAAAUCCCAUAUUGUUUAGAUCUUCUUCUUUCAUGGAUCCAAACUUAUGACUCAUGAUUUAAUUGUGUCUGUGUGUUCAGCUCUGUUGAUCAGGUUAUUGUAUAAAGACUCAAUGUUACAUGAAUGCUUGAUCCCAUGGAAUAACAACGUCCAGGGGACCAUUACAUCACUAAAUGAUUCACCACAGCAAAACCAACCAGUUAUCUUAUUGAUUUUCAUCUUUAAAAACUCAGCGGCUCCUGUGUUGAAGCAGCUGAGGCUGUGAUGAGCCGUCAAAACUCGCACAGCCUCAUCUAAAGGUUUGAUGAGAGUUCAGUUUACUGUGUGACAAACAGAACUAAUGCAACAAAUUCUACUUUUACAAGCACUUUUUUUUUACUGAAAUACUUAAAGUGCAGAAGUUGGUCAAAUAUCAGGGAAGAACCUAUAAAUGUCAUUUUAGAAAUGAAUUUCGAAAAUUACUCUGCUAAUUAUAAAUAAAAUUGAUGAAUAAA